UUAAUUCAUAUUUGCAGUGUUAAAUCCAGCCAUAAGCGAUUCAUUUCGCAAAUAUGGGGGUUGCAAAAUUAGUGUUUUUAUUUGUAUCUGUGACGAUCUCUGUAAUUCACGGAGCUGAGAAGAAAGUCAAAGUACCAAUCUUAGAAUGCAAUUUUGACGACGGCUUAUGCCCAGGCUGGGAACAUGACGAAUCCGAAGAAUAUAGAUGGAAAUUACAAAGUGGACCUGCAAAAGACAUCGGACCACAAUACGAUUACACAAGGGGAAAUGACGAGGGACAAUAUAUUUACUUGGAUGAUGAAGGCAAAAAAUCUGGGAAAGGAAUCAUACGAUCACCAGUAAUGGAUCUCUCUCAGAAGAAAAAACAUUGUCUUCGAUUUGUAUAUUAUGCAAGAGGAACUUAUCCUGGAGAAUUCAGAAUUUUUCAUAGUUCGCAUAUGCGUGGUCGACCAUUGUCAAUAUUUAACAGGGCCGGCCCCCAAAGCGACAACGACACACAUUGGAUUUUUGAAGACAUAUCAAUACCAUUGUGGUCCACAGGAAAGAAUUUCGAUAAAGUUCGGUUCGCAUUUCAAGCUAUGAAAGGAAGAGGAGAUAACAAUGUUCUUGCUCUUGAUGAUGUUUCCGUUACUCCAGGAUCAUGCCCAAAAUUCCAGCUUUCGAGAACAGCCACAACCGCUACAUUUGGUCCAAGCACUGUCCCGCCUACGGGAUUCGUUGAUGGAGAAGUUGUAGAUCAAACAAAUGAAGAAGUUAUGAAGAGGAACCAAAAAAUGAUCGAAGAAAAUGAAGAGCGUAACAGAAUGAUUCAAGAAAAAAACAAUAUGUUAAAUAGUGGUCAAGCUUACACACAAGAUCCUAACCAGCCUACCCAACCUACACAACCAACACAGCCGCAACAGACGACUAUGAAUCCUGUUAAUCAAACGCAGCUGGAAAUUGAACGACAGGAGAGAAUUAAAGAACAACAACGACAAGUACGAGAAGAAGCCGAAAGAAAAAUGAAAGAAGAACAAGAGAGAAUUGCAAAAGCAGAAAAGGAACGAAAGGAGAAAAUUGAAAAAAUGAGAAAAGAGCAAAAAGAAAAGAUGCUCAAGCAGAGAGAAGAAGAGGCGAAAAGAAUGAAGGCAAUUCAAGAGAAACAAAAAGAAGAAAGAAUGCGAAAACAGAAAGAAGAAGAAAAAAGAAGGGAAUUGGAGAAACAGAAAAAGAUUGAAGAUCAACGUAAGAAAAAACAACGACACGAAGAAAGUCAAAAAAAUUGAGAGAAGAAGAAGAACGCAAAAAACAGGAGGAAGAAGAACGCAAGAAAAAGUUAGAGGAAGAAAGAAUAAGAAAAAUUGAAGAAGAUAGAAAAAA